UUGAACGUUUCUGAAUUUCAGCACACACAUACACACACUCUUCAGUGUCUCUAAUUCAUAAAAAUGAAGAAGGCAGCCAUAUUAUUGGUGCUGCUCUGUGCCACCAUCCAUGUUGCUUCAUCACAAAAGGAUGGAAUAUUGCCAAACGGCAACUUCGAGCUAGGUCCAAAGCCAUCAGAAAUGAAAGGAACAAAAGUAGUGAACCGUCACGCAAUACCCAACUGGGAAAUAUCAGGUUACGUCGAAUACAUUAAAUCAGGCCAAACACAAGGUGACAUGCUUCUUCCAGUACCACAAGGAGAUUACGCUGUUAGGCUAGGUGAAGACGCAUCCAUUAAAACCAAAGUGAAAGUCACAAAAGGAGUGUUCUAUUCGAUCUCUUUUGUAUUUGCUAGGACUUGUGCCCAAGAAGAGAAACUGAAUGUGUCAGUUUCACCUAAUUCUGAGCCCAAUGAUUGGGGAAUGUUGCCACUACAGACUAUGUAUAGUUCUGAAGGAUGGGAUUCGUAUUCGUGGGGUUUUUUGGCAGAGGCUAACGUGAUUGAUGUUGUGAUACAUAAUCCAGCUGUGGAGAAGGACCCGGCUUGUGGCCCACUUAUUGAUUUCGUUGCUCUUAAGGCUUUGAAAACUCCCAAAAGACGUGCAGACAACAUGUUGAAGAAUGGAAACUUUGAGGUAGGUCCAUACAUUUUCCCUAACACAACAUGGGGCGUUCUAAUCCCUCCAAACAUUGAAGAUGAUCACUCUCCAUUGCUGGGAUGGAUGAUUGAAUCUCUCAAGGCAGUCAAAUACAUCGACUCCGAACACUUCCACGUGCCGGAGGGCAAGCGAGCAGUCGAGCUCGUGGCUGGAAGAGAGAGUGCCAUAGCACAAGUAGUGAGGACUAGACCAGGAAAAGUAUAUGAUUUAAUUUUCUCUAUUGGAGAUGCUAGCAAUUCUUGUGAAGGAUCCAUGCUUGUUGAGGCAUUUGCAGGGAAAAUUACUAGGCAAUUUCCUUAUGAAUCUAAAGGUAAAGGUGGAUUCAAAAGGGCUAGACUUAGGUUCACGGCGAUUGCACCACGUACUAGAGUGAGGUUUUUGAGCACGUAUUAUCAUAUGAAGAGUGAUAAUUCGGGCUCGUUGUGUGGUCCUGUGGUCGAUGAUGUGAGAUUGGUUGGAGUUCGCAAUCCCCACCGUCCAUAGAUCCUUUUAAUUAUUUAAGUCUGAUAAUUGUUGAUUCAGUUUAUGUUUUAUGCAUGACAGAAUGCUGAUAUGAUAUUCCUUGUAAUACGUACUAUAGUUGAUGUGUUGCUCUUUUCUUUUUUCUUUUUCAUGUCAUACAAGCAAGAGAGUUAAAAAAAAAUGAUGUAUUGUUGUAUUUUACAUGUAUUUAUACAAAUUUUCGAAUAAUCAAAUGAAAGAACCUUCUUGGUUCAACAUAUUAUGUGUUCCUUCA